CAAGCGGCAUUGCUGGACGUGAAAGGCCAGCAGGCACCCUCGGUGGGUGGCUUGACGGCUUCCCUUCACGAGCCACAGCUUGGACACCAAGAGGACGACAGCCUGCCCAGCAGCUCAGCCAUGGCAGAUGGAUUGACAAACCCCGCCAUUCAGGCUCGGCAAGUCAAAGAUGGUGUCAUCUUGGUUGGGCGCAUGCGGGUCGGGCCUGGUGUGCUGGGGUAUGGCAGCGGGGGGACAGUUGUCUUCUCAGGCGAGCUGGAUGGUCGACCCGUGGCAGUGAAGCGCAUGCUGCGGCAGUUCUACGAGAUGGCACGGAAGGAAAUCAACGCCUUGAUUCUGGCGGAUGAGCACCCGAACAUUGUCAGGUGCUUUGCCAUGGAAGAGGAUCACGAGUUUGUGUACAUGGCGCUGGAGAAGUGUAAAGCCACUCUGAGUGAUGCCAUGCAGAGUGAGGCAGUGCGGCGCAAGUUUGUUGGGCCCGAUGGCAAGCCCACGUCGUUUGCAUAUCAGAUUGCCGCUGACAUUGGCCAUGGGGUGGCAGCGCUGCACGAGCGCGGCAUUGUGCACCGCGACCUGAAGCCGCAGAAUGUCCUGCUGACUGAGAGCGGAAGGGCAAAACUCUCGGACAUGGGUCUCAGCAAGCGACUUGUGCCUGAGCAACUCAGCUUCGAGUCAGUUGGAUCUGGAGGCAGCAGCGGGUGGCAAGCGCCGGAGCAGUUAAUUAGUCGUAGCGGCGGCACUGCACGGCAAACCAAUUCAGUUGAUGUCUUUGCUUUUGGCCUGCUGCUGCACUACUGCCUGACGGGAGGGCAGCACCCCUUUGGCGAGCUGUACGAGCGAGACCCCAACAUUCUACAGCUGCGCCUAAACCUGAAGCAUGUGCGGCACCUUCCGGAGGCAGUCAACUUGAUUCGCGGCUGCUGCGAGCCUCAAGAUCCAGAUUGCCGACCCGCCAUGCAUUCCGUGAUGGUACAUCCAGUGUGGUGGCCAGCGCCACAGCGGCUAGCCUUUUUGAUCGCGGUCUCCGACCGCGUUGAGGGCGAAGACCGUGCGGAGGACCGCACGAUGUACGAGGCGCUGGAGUGCUGUACACAAGAUGCUUUUGGCUCUGGUGGCAGCUGGGCAGCAUUGAUGGAUAGUGGCCUAGUGAACAACUUGGGGAAGUAUCGCAAGUAUAGCUACAGCAGCCUGCGUGACCUUCUUCGAGUCAUUCGCAAUAAGCACAACCACUUCAGAGAGCUCCCGGCAGACCUGCAGAAGAAGAUUGGGCCCCUGCCCGGCGGCUUCCUGGGCUACUUUGCGGGCAGGUACCCCGGCUUGCUGAUGACUUGCUACUACUUCAUGCUCAAGUGGUGCUCACAGGAACACGUCUUCCAGGUGCGGCUGCAUGGUGCAGCAGCAUAG